AUGGAAAGGAAAAACUAAGAGAUAUAUGUACAGGAUGAUGCUAAUUUAAGAAAAUGCGGAAUAUAAAAUAAGGAUACGGUAACGCUAUUUUUGGGUAAAAAUAAUUUCGGUUGGCAUCUCGCUUAAAAAAAUCUGAUAGAGUUUGUAAUUCCUGCUAUUUUGAAAAAUGAAGGCAUUUGCUGGCGAAAAUUAGAUAAUUUUUAAAGUGAUUUUCAUCAAUUUAUAGAUAAGGAAUCUUAAGUUGUUGAACUUUUGCCUCAUAAUAAAUUUUUUAAGAGAUCUGUUGAAUUGAAAAUUAAGGCCUUGCCGUAGGCUAACUAUGCCAUAUUUAUCCAGAAAAAUACUUAGCAUGCUAAGGAACUUGAUAUCUGGCGAACUAUCCCAUACUAAUCUGAAGAAGAUGGCUUAUUGAAGUUGCGUCUUAAUACUUUCUCGAACAUGUUCGUAUCUUUAAAUCCUAAAGGAUAAUUUUCAAUAGAAGAAAAAAAAACUGAGCAAGAAAUGAAGUCCUCUAAUGUUAAAUUUCACAAAUUCGAGCCCGGGUUAAACUUUGUUAUUAGCAAUCCUUGCGAUGAUGAAUCAUGUAGCAAAGCUGAAAAAUUUCCUGUAUAAGUUCUUCCCUUAAAUUACAUGGAAUUGGAUAUUAGUAAAUUAGAUAAAUAUAAAUGUCCCUGUGGGGACGAGUUAAAUCCUUACCAAAUUAGUCAAAUCAUAAUAAUGCUUGCUUAGGCCACAAUUAAAUAUGCUAUUGACAAAGGGCCAGGCAAAAAAUCUCCUACUUAAAGCAUUGAUUUAGUUGCAAAAGAUAACGAAAUUAUGGUCAUUGGAAAUGGUUGCCCAAUCAAGUAUACCAAAUUUAUUAUAUCGGUAGUACCUUCGGCAAAAGAUCCUAAGGAUAUCAAAGAACUUGUUAAAGCAGGAUUUGCAGAGCUAGAUGAAUUUGGCAAUGCAAUCGGCAAAAUGUUUUAGUUGUCUAAUGACUCUGGGGUUCGCAUUAAAGUCCUAGUUGGAAAAUUUUUUGAUGAUGAAGGAUUCACAUUAGAAUCAUUUAAUUAAAAUGCAGGAAAAGAUCUUAGAGAAAAUAACUUCGAGGUGGUAGUUACUGAGAAUGUAGAUUAAUUUGUGAAACUAAUCAAGGAUGGAGAAUAUAGUUCUGCUUUAAUAAUAAGUGAUAGUUAUCAGCGCUAUUAAGGCACAUAAGCUUAAAAAAAUGAAUAUGUGGAGGCGGUUUACACUUUUUGGAAGAAAGGCAACGGCUUAAUGAUUUUUGAAGAUAAUGAUGCAUUGGAUGAUAGCCUCUCCAACAUAGCUUUAAGAAAACUCUUGGGAUUCACUUUACAUGGUAAUGAUCCUGGGUGUAAGGUGCUAUUUCCAUCUACGUCCAUAAUUCCUGAAAAAGGAAAAUUCUCAGUCCACGAAAUAUUCACUGGUAUAGUAUGCAGCAUCCAUGAAGGAGUUACUAUAGCAAGACCAAAAGGGAUGCUUCCUCCAUCUAUAAAAGUAGUAGCUAAAUCUAGUAGUGAUGAGCCCUGCAUAAUGUGCUAUGAUAAUGAAAAUUUAGGAAGAGUUGUUAUUGAUACAGGGUUUACAAAACUAUUCUAACAUAACUACAAAGAGACUGCCGGUACAUCUUAUUACAUAAAGAAUGCAGUGGUCUGGAUUAAUAGAGCUAAUCUCUCUUGA